AUGGAAGAUUCGAAAGAACCUACCUUCCGCUCCUACAACCAGACGCAAGGCGCAAUCUACUCUCAAAACAGACCAACAUACCACCCAAACCUAUACAAAACAAUCAUAGACUACCACGUCUCCACCGGAGGCAAGCUCACCACAAUCCUCGAUGUCGGCUGUGGUCCCGGAAAUGCCGUUCGUGACCUCUCAUCCCAUUUCACCCAAGCCAUCGGCCUCGAUCCUUCUGAGGGAAUGAUCAAAGCUGCCCGCUCUCUUGGCGGGACUUCCUCUGACGGCAGUCCUAUCCAAUUUGUGAUUUCCACUGCCGAGGAACUUAGCGCCGGCACGUCUUUGCAUCUACCUGAUUCCAGCGUCGAUCUCAUAGUCGCUGCGACGGCGGCACAUUGGUUUGACAUGUCUCUCUUCUGGCCACGGGCUGCACAGCUUCUCAAGCCGGGGGGUAGUGUUGCACUGUGGGCCGCGAGAGGAGGCUAUAUUCAUCCAUCUACGCCAAAUCAUGCGGCCAUUCAGGCCUAUAUAACUCAGAUCCAAGAUCAAUUUCUGAGGCCGCAUGCGAAACAGGGGACUGAGAUUGCGUUUAAUUUAUACGCUGACCUUCUACUCCCGUGGUCCUUGAAGGAGUCACAAUAUGAGUUUGAAGAAGGAGCCUUUCUCCAUAAAGUAUGGAAUAAGGAAACUGCGUGCUCGGAUGGUGACGAAUUCUUUGCUAGCCAACAGGAACCACAGUUUAUGAGUUUCGAUCUUGACAAGCUUGAGAAAAUGCUCGGUACCAAAGGGACCGUUACGCGAUGGAGGGAGACCAAUGCAGAUAAGACUGGGACGGAGGAGGAUAUUGUGAAAGUAAUGAGGGGGCAUAUUGAAGGGCUUUUAUAUGAAGUGGGGGUUUUGAAGGGCCAGGAGGAACUGAAUAUGGGAGUAGAGGGGGUGUUGAUGAUUGUGAAAAAGAACAGUUAA